AUGGAUACCACACAAGAGACGCCUAUGCUGUUUCCCAUCAGUCCGAUAGUCUCUUACCUACGCCGAUUGAAGGAAACCAAGCCAGGACUUCCCCACGGCCACCCGAUAUGUGUCUCAGCGUCUCCUGCGAUAUCAACGACCGCGGCGUUAGUUCGGCUGGCCAACCAAGUUGGGCCGCACAUAGCUGUCUUCCAGGUUCAAGCUGAUAUAAUUGAUGAUUGGAGCGCCAAUACAGCACAGCAACUCACCUCGCUAGCUAAGAAAUAUGGGUUUCUAUUGUGGGAAGGGAGGUAUUUAGUGGUUGGUCAAGACUUGGCAGGCUUAUCGCCAUCAGAGGCCAGGUUACAAAGGCGGGAUCAAGUGGAAACAGUGAAAAGGCAAUAUACUAGAGGGGUGGUGAGCAUCGCGUCGUGGGCAAGUCUAGCAACCUUCUGGCCAUGUAGCGCCCCGGCUCGCGAGCAAGAAAGUGACAUAGUUAUAUCGGCCUUGAGGAGUGGAGCGCGCGAAACCGUAACAAAGAUUGCCCAGGUCAUCCGAACAGAGAUAACUGCUGAAAAGAACUUAGCCGGGGAAGAAAAUACUGAAGAGAGUGUUGCUAUUGAGUCAACGCUAUUGCUGCCUAUUGAGCUUUCUAGCAAUACUUUGGAGCUACCUACGCGGCGCAUUUCUACUAUUUCACUUACUCAUUCUAUAGUUCAGCGAUCAGAACCAUCACCGACAUUUCUUGCAACUGAUGCAAACCGGAGUGAAAGCGAAUCUUUAGACCAAGACGCACAGUGGCUAAAACCGCCAUCUCAAUUCCCGGUACUCUCGAGAGGUCUACUUUUAGGGUUGCCGCGUCAAGGCCGUGAUGCGUUCUCUGCUGCCUGGUAUAGAGAUAGCUGCCUAGCUGCCGGUCGAGCCAAUCGCGACUUCAUUGUGGGAUUCUAUUGUCUUGAUUCUUGGCUUGAGGUGUCGCGAUGGCAUGAUGUUCUACAGCCCAGGCAGACCGAGGAUAAAGAAGAAACCUCCGCAACUGUGGCGACUUUUGACGAGAGGGAUCGAUUAUUUGUUAUAUUCUCGCGUCUUCCCUAUGAUACUUGGCGGAUCCGCGCCAUGCACCUGAACCCUGUGAAUGACGAAGAAGAAGAACUAGCAGAUCCAGACGGCCCGAACACCGAGGCGAGACUGCUGCAUAUUAUUAUGGAACAGGCUAUUAAUUCCAUUAAGGAAGCAGAAGAUGGCGAUGGUAGUCCAAAAUCCGUCGAUCCAGGACUGCUACAUGUUCCAAUUAUUACUCUUGGGUGA